AUGGAAGACAUCGCUCGACCUCCCGCCAGGUGGACCGCGGAAGUUACCAAAGGCGCAAACGAGACCACUCGCGCCAACUUCAUCGUUCAAUUUGACGGCCCGGAUGACGCCUGCGAUCCCAAAAACUGGCCAACUCAUCAAAAGGUCACUUGCACCAUUCUCUACGGCCUAUUAACAAUGGGCGUCACGCUGUCGAGUGCUAUCUACUCAACCGGGGUAAAAGAAAUCGCCACGCAGUUCAAUGUUGGUCAAGACGUGGCCAAUUUGGGCACCAGCACUCUGCUAAUCGGCUUUGGAACUGGCCCAUUGCUCUGGGCCCCGAUGAGCGAGCUGUUCGGUCGGAAAGCACCAGUGCUUGUGCCAUAUUUUCUGGCUUUGAUCUUCACUAUCGGGACAGCGGUUGCUACAAAUCUACCCACGAUUCUCGCCACACGCUUCUUUGUCGGGUUCUUCGGUAGCGCACCUAUUGCCAUUACAGGAGGUGUGCUGGCGGAUUUGUUUAAUCCUCAGCAGCGCGGACUGGCACUGGUCGGGUACGCUGGCGCAGUUGUUGGGGGUCCGGUAUUUGGUCCCGUAGCAGGUGGUGCAAUCAUGCACUCCUCGCUCGGAUGGCGAUGGACUCAAUAUGUCACAGCGAUUUACAUGGCUGUGGUGGUGAUUCUCGGUUCUUUUCUUCUAUCUGAAUCGUAUGGUCCGAUGCUUCUCGUAGCCAAAGCCAGGCGCAUGAGACUGCAAACCGGCAAUUGGGCAUAUCACGCAAAACACGAAGAAUGGGAUCCCACGUUCAAGGAGAUGACGACCAAGUUCUUGGUUAGGCCGCUUCGCCUUUUGGCAACACCUGUUUGUUUCCUCUUUGCUCUGCAUUCCAGCUUUGUUUACAGCAUCGUAUACCUCAACCUUGGCGCCUUUCCCAUCAUCUUCCAGGGAGAGCGAGGGUGGAAUGAGUUUACCGGCAGUCUCCCCUUCCUUGCUUUAUUAGUGGGCAUUGUUGCUGGAGCAUUCAUGAACUUGAAAAGCCAGUCGUUUUAUUUAAACCGUGUAGCUGCCAAUAACGGCCGGGCGGUCCCUGAAGCGCGGCUCCCGCCCAUGAUGGCUGGAGCAAUAUCCAUCACCAUCGGCCUCUUUAUCGUUGGCAAUACGGCUGAGGCAAAGUACCACUGGAUCGCACCCGUUAGUGGCGCCGCGUUAAUGGGCUUUGGAUUCUUCACAAUCUUCCAGGCCGCGCUGAAUUACGUGGUGGACACAUUUGCUAAAUACGGCGCGAGCGCAGUGGCUGCCAACACGUUUCUACGGAGCUCUCUCGCCAGCAUUUUUCCACCCCUCGUCUCACGUAUUUACGGUCGGCUUGGGAUCGUGUGGGCGUCAAACAUGCUUGCUAUCAUUGCACUUUUAAUGGUGCCUAUUCCGUGGGUGUUCUACUACCAAGGGAGAAAGUUCAGGGCAAUGGGGAAGUUAUCACGGGAUUCAACUUGA